ACGCAAGGUAUUUUGAACUCUCUCUCUCAAGAAGGAUGGAUCGGAAAAAACUUUUGCAGACAUUUGCGCUGUCGUACCUCCUUUUUUUUCAGCUUGUGAUCGGCACAGAUGAACUAAAGGAAAGAGAGAUAAGGGAAAAAGGCUGUCCAGUAAAAGCAGGCCCAGCAGGUCGAGAUGGAUUACCGGGACGAGAUGGAGCACCAGGACGGGAUGGACUGCCGGGACGGGAUGGUGUACCUGGACCCAACGGGGAAGUGGGACCACCAGGGCCAGCGGGAAUCCAAGGAGAGCCUGGGACCCAAAGGAGAUGGAAACAGUGUUUUUGGAACCACAUCAAUUCUGAGACUGAUAAUGGAAAAGUUCUGGAAUGUCCGUUCACCAAGGCUGCCCCAAACACAUACCUCCGUGUUGUUUACAUAGGCAACCUUCGCAUCGCCGGUUGCAAACACUGUUGCAUGAGAUGGUUUUUAACCUUCAACGACAUCGAAUGCAAGGCUCCCGCUGCUAUUGAUGCUGUUGUCUACCAGAAUGUCGACCUGAAUAUCCAUCGCCCCGCCAACGUAGAGGGCUACUGCACAGGAAUCGGCAAAGGCCUCGUGCGUGUUGGCCUGCACGUCGGUCAGUGCCAUGGUUUUGGUAUUUUCAACGCUUACACCGGCUGGAAUUCAGUAAGCAGGAUCAUUAUUGAAGAGAUUGAGCCUCCUGUUGCUUAAAUAGGCAGCAGUGCUCUUUCCACCCGCUAGUUCUUGAUUUAUCAUAGGGGCAGUCGAAUGUUGAAUUGCAACUGCCGGGUAGUUAGGCUCACUGUGUUAAGGGUGUCUUAACUGUAUUGGGUGGAACUCAUCACAAAACAUGGAAAUAAA